AUGUCGAGUGGUGGAGAUAUACCGAGUGAAAUCAAUGUAUCACAGCUAUUUUCUGAUGUAUCGCGUACUUUAAAUGGAUUUAUGAAUCUGUUCAUUCCAUCUACAAGAACUUCUGGCGCAGAAGUAGCAGCACAUUACGAUGUUCCUUCUUUAUCCGAUACUGUUACUGAUAUUUUCUCGGGAAAUGUAUGUUUCAAAGCAUGUGGUAUGGAAGAUAUUCAAUUAGCUGCUCAGAAAGCUAGUGAACUAUUCAUAACUGUGCGAUACUGUAUCAUUACAUUAACAAUAUUCGUCGUUAUUUGUAUAAUUUUGCUCUCAAUGGUACUCGCGUGGUAUCUAUUCAAAACAACAUUAAUUUUUGAUGGACGCUCUAGAUCACCUAUCGAAUCAAAAUUCACUGGAACAGCAUCUAUCUUCAAUCAUAACCGUUAUCAAAAAACUCAAUCACCAACUCUAACGAAAGAAAAUCUGAGAAAAUGA